AUGGUUCAAGUGGUUCUCCCGGCGCUCAUCCCAGACAUACCCAAGGUCUACGAUGUCUACUUCAACGCCUUUCAGAACGACCAAAUGGGAAGGAUUAUGCUCGAGAUCCUCUUUCCCGGAGUGAUCGACGACGAGUUCAAGAAAGCACACGCUGCCGGAACACUGGCCUACUGGCAUACCAGCGGGUCCCAAUACACUUUCAAAUGUGUUGAUACGAGCACUGGAGAGAUCAUUGGCAUGGCCCUCGGCGAUGUCUACCUAUCAGAGCGAUCAGAGGAGGAGCGGAAGAACCACGGGGUACCCUGGCUCAUAGGAGAGCAACGCGAGAGAGCGGAAAAGAUUCUGAAUCCGUUAUGGGAGGUGAGGGAAAGACUGUUUGGGGGCAAACGCUACAUCUAUUGCCACGUUAUCGGCAUCGACCCGAGGCAUCAAGGACGCAAGGCCGGCGCCUUGCUCGUGCAAUGGGGACUGGAUCUGGGUGAGAGGGCAGGCCUGCCCGUCUAUUUCGAAUCGUCCCCUUCGACAGUCGGCUUGUACAAGAAGAUGGGCUUUGAGCUGCUGGAUGAAAAGAUUAUACAUAAAGCCGAGGUCCUAGGGACGGAGGAAGACAUCGAGGUCCCUCUUAUGAUCAAAAUGCCGUCUCUUGCCGGAGGAAUGAGCUUCGCAGAGUGGAAGUCCAAGGGAUAUCCCGAGUUUGGAGGCUCGGAUCUUGCACCAAAACUGGCAUAG